CAAAUAACUAUGAACACCGCGUCCUCUAGCUGUCUCUCUCUCUCUACUCUCUACUUCACUCUCUCUCUCUCUCUCUCUCUUCGUGAACCCUUCUAAUGGCUUCUUCCAAGGAUGGUAAUCAAGCUUCAUUUGGAUCAAAAAGGUCUCGUAAUGAUGUUUCACGAAAAGACGGAGACUGGACUUGCGCUAGUUGUGGGAACUUGAAUUUUUCUUUUAGAACUGUUUGCAAUCGGGGACAUUGUGGUGCUCCAAGAACACCUGUAACUCCGGCCGUCCAAGUUACGAGUCCAUAUAGAAAUGAUCAUCCUCACUUCUACUAUGGAGGUGUUGCGGCUCCUCCACCGAUGUAUGGUAUGCCAAGCAGUUUUGGUUCACCGAUACCACAUUCUGGUCUACAGUAUGAUUAUGGUCUUUAUCCUAGGCCUCGUGUAUCUUAUAGUCCAGUACAGUCAUUCCCACCUGGAAGUUUUGGAGGUAUUGCUUAUAGUCCAAGGCCUAAAAUCAAUCCCUACGGCUAUGGCUUUCAAGUUCCUCCUCCAUGGGAUGCAGGGCUAAUGACAGAUAAUUAUGCAUCUCGGAAACGUCGUGGAGGGCCAGAUGGUUUAUCCGAAGGGGACUGGAUUUGUCCGAAAUGUGACAACAUCAACUUUGCCUUUAGAACCAAUUGCAACAUGAAACACUGUGGAGCUGCCAGACCUGGCCAAAGCCAAGCAAAUACAAGUAUUCCUGAAGGUAGCUGGACUUGUAAACAAUGCGGUAAUCUGAACUAUCCGUUUCGAAGUGUAUGUAACAGGAAAGACUGUGGAAGUGAGAAAACAGCCUCUGCCAACUAAUAUAUCACAAUAUUGUGUGUAUAUAUAUACACACACCACAUCUAUGGUCCAGCUGUUUUAAGGGAAAAAUUUUGGAUUAGGAAUAGGAAACUUGACAGCUGUGGAUUUUAAGGGAAGAUUUUCCAUGAGGAUCAUUUUGGCCUAGUUGUUGAGGACAAUUUAUUUUUUUAAUUAAUAAUGGUAUUUUAUAUGAGAAAUAUGCUAAGAAUUAAGCUGGAUUAGAUCAUUAGACAUUUGGAUUCUCAUGGCAAUCAUUGCUAGGUUAUUUUGUUUUGAUUCUUUUGGAAGUUACAUUGUCAUUGAUUCUCUUAGAAAACACAAUCUGAAUUGGGCGCACUCGGGUUGGGUCAUAGGGGAAAAUACAGAAUCUUCAUUGUACAACCCGACCCAUUAUGAACGAUAUGAUUGGGUCGGGUUAACCCAUCCUAUCACCACCCUUAUAUCUGUGAUUUAUUUUAACUGUUUUUUCAAAUAAAAUUAGCAAAUGGGACCUGUGCUAA